AUCCGGAUUAUGCUAGUCAAAGGUCUAGCACCCAAUCUUAGGCUGUGAUUGUGGUUCUUCAUUCCACAAUUGUGACCUUCACGUUCUAUCCUUCUUAUCAGAUUUCGGAUCACCACAUGACCUUUUCUCAAUUUCCAAAACUUCCCCAUUUCUCAUCUCUCGCUCUCUCUGACUCUCCAUCAACAAAGAUUUCAACUUCCUUCAACAACCCACCACUUAAAGCUUUCAGAAAUUAUAAUCCCAGCUUCUCUUUUGUCUCUUCUUCUUUCGCUUGUUGGUCUUUUUUGUCUAAUCUUGUAGACAAAGGAGAUAAUUUCUCAACUGCUUUGUGUCCUUCUGUUGUUUUAACACUCAGCAGCACAAGUCUUUUUCAUUUCAAGACAUUUUCCUUUACAAUGGGUCUCUCUUGUUUAAUCUUCUUUCUUUAGCUGCACAAUUAGCAAUCUCUUUUUCUGUGUGUAAUCGUUACUUUGCUUUUGUGUUGAUGAUUUGAUGUGUUUGGCUGUUGGAGUAGUGCCCAGUUGAACUAGUAAUUAACAUGGGGCUUGAUGGAAACAAAAGUGAGGAAGCUGAGGAGAAAGCUGUGGAUUUGGAAACAGAAACAUCCCACCAUAAUGAUGGUGAGGCUUCCAUGGAUGGUACUGAGCAGGAGGAUGAAGAUGAUGAAGUAGGCAACAAGAUUCAGCUUGGUCCUCAAUGCACUCUCAAAGAACAGCUUGAGAAGGACAAGGAUGAUGAGAGCCUUCGGAAAUGGAAGGAACAGCUCAUUGGGACUGUGGAUUUUGAAGAUAUUGGAGAAACUCUUGAACCAGAAGUGAAAAUUCUUAGUCUGUCAAUUAUCUCCCCAGGCAGACCAGACAUUGUGCUGUCUGUUCCUGAGGAUGGAAAUCCAAAGGGCUCCUGGUUUACUCUGAAAGAAGGUAGCCAUUACAACUUGAUGUUCUCCUUCCAAGUUAACAAAAACAUUGUUUCUGGCCUCAAAUACACCAACACUGUCUGGAAAACUGGUGUCAAGGUGGACAGCGCAAAAGAGAUGCUUGGGACCUUCAGUCCUCAGCCAGAGCCUUACACUCAUCUGAUGCCAGAAGAGACAACCCCAUCAGGGAUGUUUGCCAGGGGAACAUAUUCUGCAAGAUCAAAGUUUCUUGAUGAUGAUGACAAGUGCUACUUGGAGAUCAACUACACCUUUGAUAUCCGAAAAGAGUGGGCUGCUACUUGAAGAACUCUGCAGCAAGCACAUAACGUCUCUCGUAUUUGGCCAUUGUCUGCCUUUGUUAGUUUCAACCUAUCCCUUUUUAGACUAUGCUUAAUUAUUAUUUAUGGAGAUGGAGAAGAUUCAAUUGGUAAUGCUUUUAAUAAACGGAGAGCUUAGCCUGUCUUUUCAAAAACCUUGUCUCAUUUAACUAGAUCUCAGCAUGUCCAUAUCCUGAGCAGCAGGAAAAUCAUCUGGAUUGUUCAUCAGCAGGUGGGCUCCAUUUCUUUAGUAGCUAGCAAAUCAAUGGUGUAAUAGGACUUUUUUGAAAGAUAUUGAAAGUAAAGUAGAUGUGGGUUUGAUUUUGUUAA